AUGGUCGGCACAAAGCGCAGACGCGACGAAGACGAUGUCGACGAGGGCACACCGCAGAAAUCACGCGCACGAUUCGCUGAAGAGGCUCACGAUGAGCUAGAACCCCUCGAAGCGCAGACACCAUCCAGAAAGGGGAGGACACAACAUCUGGCCGAGCAUGGGACGCCCCGAUCCAUCUUGAAAAAGACUGGUCUGGUGAACGGCAUCACCGCGACGCCCAAGUCUACCCGGAAGCUGGUCUUUGAGACGCCUACCAAAUCCGCAAAACGAGACUCUCCGAAUGGCACGCCCACCAUCGUUCGCAACGCCGAUCGCAGCGCGCGCAGAAAGAGCAAUCGCCGUAUACUGGAACGCACACUGAAUGGCGACGAAAGCGAUGAAGAUGCGCUGGAUGAGGAGGAGGACCUCGCCGAACACAUCUUAGGAGAAGACACAGAGGACGCGGAGCAGGCCGAGGAGGGAGUGGUACAAGACGAAGCACCUGUACCAGAGACACCCUCGAAGCGUGGGAGAGGCCGACCUAAGGGGUCAGGAAAAGUAGGGCGGCCACGAAAGCAGCGCUCGCCGACACCUCCGACUGAGCUGCCACCGCACGAGGAGUACUUCUGGCAGAAUCGCCCAGGCGGCACCAAAACCUCCAACAACACUCUCUCUGCGCAGAGCCUGUUGAAUCACGAUGAAUACUUCUCAGCAAUGCAAACGUACGAGGACCGCCACCAGUCUGAACGAGAGUUCUUGCUUGAUUUGCAUGGCCGAGCAUACGAUCAAUGGAUCUUCGAGCUGGAGGAAGGUUUCAACAUAUGCCUCUAUGGGUACGGAUCGAAGCGCAUCAUCACCGAACGAUUCACCGCACGCCUCUAUCAGUCUCUCCUAGACGCUGCGCCGUACAAAGGGACAAAGAAGUCACCGAAGAUUGUGGUUAUCAACGGAUACACAGCUGGCACAACAGUAAAAGACUUGCUGUUGACUAUAGCAUCGGCAGUCAUACCAGCCGGACCAAAGUUGCCCAAUCAGCCCGCUCUGCUACUCGAUUUCAUCCUCGAACACCUCGCCAGCAACCCGCCGCCGCAUCCAGUACCCGUCAUUCUGAAUUCCAUCGACUCGCCCUACCUUCGAAAGUCUCCAGUACCUUCCAUGCUCGCCCGCCUAGCUGCACAUCCAUCAACCAACCUUGUGUGUACAGCGGAUACACCGAACUUCCCUCUUCUGUGGGAUGUAGGCAUGAAGACACAAUACAAAUUCCUCUUCCACGACGCAACAACCUUUGCGCCCUACGACGCGGAGAUAGACGCGGUAGAGACUGUGAAUGAGCUCCUCGGACGCAGCGGAAGACGAGUAGGCGGAAGAGAUGGUGUCGGCUUCGUCUUACGCUCUCUACCGGAGCAAGCUCGAGAACUGUUCCGCAUCCUCGUCAUGGAGCAGCUAGCACUCUCACUCAUGGAAGGCGGUGAUAUGGAGGAAGAAGACGAGGUUACUGCUACACCGAGGUCGAAGAAGGUCGCACAAGUCAAGAACGUUCUGCCAGAGUCUACCCAAGGCGUUGAGUACCGCGUGUUGUACCAUAAGGCUGUCGAGGCCUUCGUUUGUACAAGUGAAGUCAGUUUCAGGACGCUGCUCAAGGAGUUCCACGACCAUCAGAUGAUAGAGAGUAAGAAGGAUGGUAUGGGUACGGAGAGACUGUGGGUACCUUUCAGACAGGAAGAGCUAGAGGGUCUCGCGGAAGAUCUCGCUGGAGAGGCGUUUUGA